ACGAAUGUGUCGCAUAUCGAACUUUUGCAACUUGCACACGUAAUUUAUACACGUAGAUACGCAUUUACGCAACAUCAUGGAUGAGAAAGCUGACGAUGUAAUCGAUGUUUAAACAUUCGUUUGACUUCCGCGGACCAAUGCGUAGUGCGUGUUCUUCGUACCGCCAUGUAGUCGGCUGUCCGCCAUUACCGCAAUUUUCGUUCGCCAUCUUCUCUUCCUCGCGUGGCACCGGGGUGCGCGUAGUUCUGCGUAAUUACCUCCCAAUUUGUCAACGAAGCACGGCACUCUCCACGAUUUAUCACGAGAACAACGUAACUCACGUAAGGGCAAGAUGAGUUACGGUAGGCCACCGCCCCGCAUUGACGGUAUGGUUUCUCUGAAAGUCGACAAUCUAACGUAUCGGACAACACCGGAAGAUCUGAGGCGGGUGUUCGAGAGAUGCGGCGAGGUCGGCGAUAUUUACAUCCCCCGAGAUCGCUUUACGCGCGAGAGCCGUGGUUUCGCGUUUGUCAGAUUUUAUGAUAAGCGCGAUGCUGAAGAUGCGCUGGAUGCUAUGGAUGGAAGACUGUUGGAUGGCAGGGAACUUAGAGUGCAGAUGGCGAGAUAUGGACGUCCUACGUCCCCCCAUCGAAGUCGUGGAAGUCGUCGGCGUGGAAGAUCACGAAGCAGAAGCAGAGACCGACGACGCUCCCGAUCUCGAUCUCGUAGCAGGUCGCGCAGCCGCGACAGAGAUCGCAGGCGUUCUUACAGCCGUAGCCGCAGCCGUUCUCGCUCCGACAGCAAGAGCUCGCGCGGAAAAUCUCGCUCUCGCAGCAAAUCUCAGGACAGGCAAAAAGACAGUCGUUCCAAGUCAAGGGACUGAGGUUCUCGAAAGAGUGUGUAACAGGAUAAGAAUGAGUGCGCGAGCGUCCAACGAAUGCCGAACAAUCUAUGUUGAGAUUGAAAAAGGUAUUCCAUCACACUCUAUAGCAACACUGUCGCACGCUUCUUCACGUUCUAUCAUUUUAAAGACAUACAUAUUAUAUACAUACAUAUAUUUGAAUUAAUAUUACGCGUCUUCCUCCUGUUUCGGAGGCCGAUUAGUUUCUCAAUAACAUAUAUAUAUAUAUAUAUAUUCUUUUUCUGCGUGCUUCUCCUUAAUUCGCGUUAAUAACACUUUUGUUGUGCAACAACAUUGUUUAAUUAACGUUGUUUCCGUCUUACUAUCGGAUGAAUUCUUUAGAAUUUUGUUCGUAUGAUCUACCUUUGGAGGUCGUACGCAUUUUGUGUAUCUAAUUCUUGUGGAUAGAUAUUACAAUACUACGUUUGUGUGUUACGUUUGAUGAGGUCCUCUCAAUGGCGACAUGUACCAUUCAUAUAUAUUUUUCACCGACGAAUAAUAAUAUUACGAGAUGGAAGAAAAUAGCUUUCCUUGCUACGUUUUAUUCUUCUACUUUCUAAAUCAUAUCGGUUGUCCGCCGCGCGAAGCUACGCUGAUUAAGCUUGGUACACACUUGCAAACAUUGGUGACAAACAUUAGUCACGAAGUAAAAUUUACUCGUAAAAUUCUACAGAUAUACUUUGUAAGAGGUAGAAAAUAACGAGUAAGAAAAAACACGAGCAAUCAUGGAUCUGUGUAUUAGAAGCUCUGUUGUAUGAAGUAUUUCUCUCGUAAAAUUUAUUAUUAUCAUGAUCUUGGAUUCACAUUUUAUCUGCAAAUAGAUUCGAUACAUUUAGAUUCGAUACAUUUUAGUUGUGCAAAGAGUUAACACGAUCAAUGAAGAUAGUCAAGUGUUAUGUCGAAGGUCUAUUAGUCUGUUCGGGAUUUAAAUUUAAUGUUGCAUAGCCACGUUCAACCAGUUUGUCAUCUCAUUUUACUAUGUAAAUUGAUAACUUACAAAUGCAAUGCGAUAAAGAUAACUGGAACCUUUUCUAUAUUGUCGUUAGGAAGCAGCAAUGAAUUAAACAACAUUUGCUGCAUAAAAGUAAUGUGGUAUACAAAGACAUUACAUGUUACUUAGCUUCAAUAUAAAAAAAAGGUCGCUUUAGUAACGUUCUUUUCGCUUAUCGAAAGUGUUUGCCAACAAUGUAUCUAGGUGUGUGUACUGGGUUCACAAGGGAAGUCCUUUAUCCUCCCUGAGAAUGAAUUCAAAGUUUUAGGUUUUUUCUCACGCACGACAAUACAUUUCUAGAAAUAAGUUUGCGUUGAUAGGCAAUCGCUCAUGUAAGUCCGCACACCGUAGAUUCAUUUGUAAUAAAGCGCAGUGAGUUGCAGAAGACAGAGCUGUCUACGUAUCC